GCUAGCGUUUCAUGAGCUAGUUUAGCAGCUAACCAGCUAGCUCAGCUGCUAAUAUUACACUUUUAUUGUUAAGCGUUUUAUAUUUUUUUGGAGAGAUUGUGUGUGUAGAAUGAAAACAAAACGUUUAACGACUGGCUGAACUGUACUUGUAGAUAUUGUGUCGCACCAGAGAGCUUCUUCAAGUCUUAUUUAUUAGCCACCUGCUAGCUAGCUAGCUCUGUUCAGUCUACACAUCAUGGCAAGUGCAGCUAAUGCAAACCUUCAUGCAGUCCGCGAGACCAUGGACGUGCUACUGGAGAUCUCCAGGUUGCUGAACACAGGUUUGGACAUGGAGUCUUUGUCCAUAUGUGUGAGACUGUGUGAGCAGGGCAUCAACCCAGAAGCUUUGUCUGCAGUCAUCAAAGAGCUGCGUAAAGCUUCUGAAACCCUCAAGGCUUCUGAAAACUGCACUAACUGAAGUUGCCAUCUGAUCUCCUCAGUUUGAACUUUAAUGGGAUCAUGCCCUGUUCCUGGAUCUGUACCUACGAUGGGCUCUCCAGCCAAUCACACUUGCCUGUGUGUUGGCACUCUGUCCUCUGCGUCUCCACGGCGACGGUUCCUGUUCUGUGCUUUGACAUGUGUCUUGAGUUUUUGUGUGGAGGUAUAUCAACCUCAGUCCUCUUCCUGAACACAAGUCUUCUCUCGGCACAAGGGCAUGCUCGGCCAUUCUGCCUCAGAUUUGCUUGCAAGUUUCUCCUACAGCCAUUUGUAAAGUAUUGGCUUUGACAUCCUGCCUUAAUUUAAGAGCAUACUUCUAACUUGUGUCGCACUUUUCAUGAGGAAAUGUUUUUAUGAUGUUUUGAAGUAUAUCAUUAUGAAUUGUUUUUAACUUUAUGUAAGCAUAAUGCAUUUUUUCAACUUAAUUAUUUUGGCAUUUCCAUUGUCUGUUAAAUGUCCAUCAAUGAUGGAACAAAAUCUAAAUUAAAAUGUUACAGUAAACGGCCA